AGUGCUUUAGCGGUUGGAUACCUGGAAUUUCCACUCUCAGUUGUUGAGCAGAUGAUCAAGAUGUAUGAUUUUGAUAGGAAUGGUACUAUGAGCUUUGAAGAAUUUGUUGCACUCAACAAGUUCCUUAUUAAGGUUCAACAUGCAUUUUCUGAUCUUGAGAGGGGUCGUGGCUUUCUUGUCCUUGAUGACGUUUUUGAGGCAUUGGUAAGGAUUGGCUUCACGCUGGAUUCUCCUGCAUUUUACUCUGCCUGUGCGAGCUUUGAUCAAAGUAAAAGUGGAAAGUUUAGACUGGAUGUCUUCAUAUCACUUUGUAUAUUCUUACAAUCAGCAAGGAAUCUGUUUAAUUCAUUUGAUACUGCAAAACAAGGAAGAAUUACUCUUGAUCUGAACCAGUUUGUAUAUUGUACUUCCAAUUGUAGAAUAUGAUUCAACUCUAAGAGGACGUAUUCUGAAGAUGAUUAUGUAUGCUGCACUUUGUAAAAUUUCUCAAAUGCGUUUCUAUAGCCAAGUUAACUUUGUCCUGUAUACGCUGAGAUAAUCAUUUUUGAGGUUUAGAUAUUUCUCCCAUUUACAUGGAAAUUGCUGUAAAAUUUUUAAUGUUCUUUCUAAUGUUAUAAUCUUAGUUUUACAUGAUGUCUUGUGAGAUGGUCCAGAGGUUGAUGACGUAGAAUGUAC